AUGGCCGCUACCAUCAUCACCGGUGCUGCCUUUGGCGCGGCCCUCACUGCUUCUGGCGUCGAUCAGCCUGCUGUCAUUCUCGGCCAGCUCAAAUGGGAGAAUUACCACAUGCUGCAGGCCUUUCUGACGGCCACUGCCGCCAGCGCCCUCGUCAACUCUGCCGCCAACACGGUCGGCCACGCCAGCUUAAAGCCUCGCCAGUACGCCACCCGUGGCUGGUUCGCCCCCUUUGACGGCAACAUCGUCGGUGGCCUCAUCCUUGGCGUUGGCAUGGCUCUGUCUGGCUCCUGUCCAGGAACCGUGCUGUCUCAGUCUGCCCUCAAUAUUCGCUCGGGCUACUUCGCACUGGCCGGCGGUUUUGUCGGCGGUGCCGUCUGGGCCGUCAUUUUGCGGCCUCGUCUGGCCCGAAAGCUGAAGGAGCGUGUAGAGCGGAAGAAGAAGACGGCCACUGCUGCUGGCACGGCAUCUGUGUCUGAAGAAGGCCUUCCCAUCUCUGUUCCUGCCCUCCUCGGCGUCUCGACAGGCGUGACACUCGCUGUGUACGAAGCCCUGCUGGCUACUGUGGUCGGGGGCACGGCUGUCGUCUAUGGCCCCGGCUCAUACGCUACUCUGUCGCCCGUUGUCGGCGGCUUGUUGAUCGGUCUCGCACAGCUGAUUUCUGUGGCCGUGCGCAAGACGACUCUAGGCGUGUCCGCUGUCUACGAGGACUUUGGCGACUGGUUGAAGUGGGCCACUAGCGGUGACAGCACGAAGAAACCCGCCGUCAACUCUUUCCUCUUUGCGCUGGGCAUCGCGGCCGGCAGCCGUACUACUGUCACUCUCUUCCCAGCCCUUGUUGCGCAUAAUGCAACCUCGUCUGCCUCACUGUCUAUCUCGCCCUCUGCUGCUGUCAUGGGCGGCUUCGCCAUGGCGUUGGGUUCGCGCAUCGCCGGCGGCUGCACGUCUGGUCACGGCAUCAGCGGCAUGUCGUUGAUGUCUCUGCCAAGCUUCAUCACCAUCGGAUCGGCCUUUUUGGGGGGCGGCAUUGCGGCCCUACUACUGUAG